AUGGGGAUCAAAAAAUUUUUUAAGAUCAAACCACCUCCAGAAGAUACAGUGGAACAGAACAGAGAGAAUUUGAGUCUUGAAGGAAUUACUGUUAAGAAUUCUAAAGCAGUUAAAAGAGAGAAAUUUGCGGCUUAUGGUCAGUUUGCUAGAGAAAGAGCUAGUGAUAAAAUAUACGCUCCACCAGGUUAUGAGGCAUAUGCCAGACCCCUGCAAUUUGGAUCUAAAGAAGAAGAAUCAGAAAGCAAUGAUAAUGGCGAUACUGAUGUUAGUAACACAACCCAUGGACAAUCUGCUGAUUCUACCAAGAAGGACCAACAGAAAAAGAGAAGUAUAUUUGGGAGGAAAAAAUCAUCUAAACCUAACGAAGAAAAGGAGGAGGUAUCUAAGGAUCAAUACGAUCCAUAUGCAGUCAAUACGGAUUUAAAUGCAGCACCCUAUUCCAUCCUUAACAACGACAACCUAAGCACUAGUUACAGCUAUUCAAAUAGCAAUAGUAGAGGGUCUAGCGUUCCUAUAACUGACCCAUACUCUGCAUUAAACUAUAAACGUAAUAAUGAAAAUAGAGAUUCUAACGUUUCAAACAAUAAUAUAACAGAUCCUUAUUCACAGUUAAACAAAAAUGUUCGAGAACGUUCUUAUGAAAGUAGUAGAAAUGAUAGUUACGCAACUAAAAUUAAUGAUUAUGAUAAUAUGAACAAUGGAUUAUCUAGAGGUUCUAGUUUUAAUAAUACAACUUCCAGUGAUUCUUUGAGAAAUCCGUAUGGUAUACAGAAUACAAAGGAUAAUAGUAACAUAUACAAUAACAUUGGCAUUAAUACUCGGAGGGAGACCUCUGAAUCAGUUACCUCCAAUCAAGAUGGGAUUAAGGAAAAUUCUAAAGGUUCACUAGCUGUUGCUGCCCCAUAUAGUGGUAGGAUUAAUGUCUCUUCUCGUACAAUAGGAGGCAGUGUUCCAAUAAAUUCUAAUACAAUUAAACAAACAUCUCCAAGUCAUAUAAAUAAUCCUUAUAGUAAUAUGAGUGAUAUGCCAUAUGGUAGUUAUACAAGUGGUAAAAACUCCAGUAAUCCAUAUGGGACCAUAAACAAUGAUUUAUAUGCUUUGGGUAUUAAUAAUAAUAGUAUUAAUAAUUCUAAAAGUACUAGUAACAUAUAUAAGAGCAAUCCGUAUGAAUUAGAUAAAACAUCAGCACUUAAUAAUACAACAAGUACUGGAUAUAAUUUGCCAACAACAACGUACGAUAAACUACCUAAUCAGAAAUCAGAAGUAUUUUCAAAUUCUGUUCAAAAAGAUAAUGAUCUUGAUUUUAAUAAACCUUUACAACAAGUCGAUGAAGAUGAGUGUGGAGACGAUUUAAAUGCAGAUUUAACGGAAAGGAUGCAACGUGAACAACAACAGCAAACAUUGGAACAAGUGCCAUAUAAUGCUGCUUUAGAGACUUCCAAACAGACUGAAUAUGGUGGGUAUUACGAAUCCCCAAGGUUAGAGAGUAGAGGAUUCAAAACAUUCGAAGAAGUCCAACGUGAAGAAGAAGAGAGACAACAGAAGGAAGAAGAUGAAGCUGUGGAUGAAUUAAAACAACAAAUCCGGUUUACGAAACAAAGUUCAGUAGCAUCGACAAGAAAAACUUUAAAGAUGGCACAAGAAGCUGAGAUGGCAGGUAUGAAUACGUUGGGUAUGCUUGGUCAUCAAAGUGAAAAAUUGAAUAAUGUGGAAAGAAACCUUGAUUUAAUUAAGAUUCAAAAUAGAGUAGCAGAUGACAAGGUGGCUGAGUUAAAAAAAUUGAAUCGUAAUAUUCUUGCUGUUCACGUAUCCAACCCAUUCAAUUCGAAAAGAAGGCAGCGUGAAAGAGAAGAAAGAUUAAAAAAUAGGAAAAUUGAAGAAAAAAUGAUGAUGGAGUAUACUAAUAGAGAAUUGGGGGAAUCUACACAACGUAUUGAGAAUGCAUUGAACGCAAAUGCGCAUAGUGAUAAUGGUAUCCGUGAAAAAUAUCAAAGACAAAAAGUACUUGAAGCAGCUAAGAAAUAUCAAUUUGAAAAUGAUGAGGAGGAUGAUGAAAUGGAAAUUGAAAUUGAUAGAAAUUUGACUCAAAUUCAGCAACUAAGUGGAAGAUUAAAAAAAUUGGCUGUAUCUGUUGGUGAAGAAAUUGAUGCACAACAAAAACGUCUUGAUAGAAUAGAGAAUGAUACUGAUGAUUUAGAUAUUAAAAUUAAUAUGAACACUACAAAAUUGUCCUAUAUCAAAUGA